GUUCCGCCCGCCUCUUGUCCUGGACCGCCAUUGUGACCGCUGCGCGGUCGCGUCUACUUGUCUCCUCCUCGCCUGCAUCUAAUGUCUGACGAAGAGAAGCCCCCGGUUACUCCCCCUGCCCGGCGGCGCGGCAUGGGUAGGGCGAAGUCGGCGCGACUGGUCCUCGACUCCAGCGACCUCGACCUUUCGCCUCGCACGGCCCUCUCGAAACCUCCGACAUAUCGCCUCGUGGAGUCAGAUGAAGACGACGGCGCACCUCGUCAGCGUCAGCGGGUGCACACGGCGGAUCCGGACGUGACUGUCGUCGGAGAAGACGAGGACGAGGGCGCGCAGGCUCCGAAGGCCGCGAAAGAAACAGAAAAUGCUGCCAAGAUCCUCUACAACAUCAAGCUCUUUCAGUACUCCCAGCUCAAGGAAGAAAUCACGAAGCGCAAGUUCCCGAAGACGCGUACCGUGCAGUGGUCAGUGGCCGAGCCCUUCGACACCAUCAAGGGCAAGCUUUGCGCUGUCGCGACGGGCCUACGCAACGAGCUCUCCGCCGCAUACAAGGACUACGAGGUCACCUACACCAUCCCGCGUCGCAUCACCAGUCCCACCGCACUUCUCGUCGACAGCGACUACGAAGUGCUGAUCUCGCAAGCUUCCCUAGUCAAGACCACCCCAGCCACAGUGAAUGUCUUCAUGUGCCCCCUGAAGAAGCCUAAUGACACGAAGCGCAAGACCCGUGACUCGGACGACUCGUCGCCACCGCGGAAGUCGAAGAAGAAGGUGGAUACGGAGUCCGACGAUUCUACGGAUGACGACAAGUCCAGGAAGAAGAGGAAGAAGAAGAAGAAGGGGAAGGGGAAGGAUGUGAAGGACGCGAUGGAGUUGCCGCUGAACAAGCAGAAGGUCGACUUCAUCAGGCAGCUGCAGGAGAAGUAUGCGUGCACGACGCAUGGCGGCUAUUGCCUAUUCACUACGAAGCACCCGAAUCACUACGCGUUGAAGCAUCCCCAUCUUGACAUCUGGGCGGCAGCUUUGAUGACAGACAACGACAACAUCGCGACCCUCGAGAAGCCCCCCAACUACGUUGAGUUUGAAACAUGGCCUGGCUACGAAGUUGCAGGCCCUACCUCCCCCAUCCUCGAGCGCCGCGCACAGCUCCUACGUGAUCGGAACAAAGGCACCGCAGCCAAUGCUGGGACGGUCAUCAACUUCUACGGCGACAAGAUGGAUGCCGCUACUACCAGCGCUGCUGCCGCCCCUGCUCCCGCACUGUCCAUCACCCCAUCUUCGUCAGCGCCUCUUGUUGAAGGACCGUCUGGCCCGCACAUGCCAAUCAAGGACUUUGUUACCAAGUAUCAGCUUUCCAGUACACUUUCUGACAAACUCAUCGAGAAUGGCUACGAGUCAACGCGCGCUAUGAGCCUGAUCGAGCUGCCGCAGCUCUCGGAGAUGGAGUUCAAGCCGGGACACAUCGCAAGCUUGCGCGUCGCUAUCAAGGACUGGCAGGCUGAUGCCUGAUUGUAUGUAUUCUGCUUUCGCUCGCUCUGUACUGUUGCUAUCAUUCGCAUAUUGUAUUGCUCUGCCCGUUGUCAUACCCUGCUGCUGUCUCGUUCUCGUAGCCGUACACUUGUCUGUAUAUUACAAAUAUCCUGCGUGGGAAAAGUAUCCUUGUGCAUC